AAAACUCCCCACUUACUCCUCCCCCGCCCCGCCUCCGCUGACUCAGCGGGCGGUGCCGCUGGCAGGUGAGUCGGAGCGGGCGGGGAGCGGCGGACAUAGGAGAAAAUACACUAGACCAAGGAGCAGAGACAAGGGAGCAGAAACAAUGCUGGGGACACCUUGUUCGAGACGGGCAGCGCUGGCCAGCCUGACCCUCCUGCUGACCUACUGCGGAGUUGUACGGUGCAACUGCCAGAGACGUUUCACCAGGAGUAAAGUUGAGGCAUUGCUCGCUCUGCAAGUUACCAAAGGCCAAGCGGUUCUCACAGUUCCGUUUCGUGACUGUGGUUUGGGGGGAAACAUUCGGUGGAGCACCAGUAACGGUGACUUUGAAGUGUACAACGACGGAUCCAUAUUUGCAACACGGACUCAAGUUAUCAAAGCGAAACAUGGGUUUAAAGUGCAGGCGGCCGAUUUGGACACUGGUGAAACAUGGACAGUGGAGGUCCUGUUAAUACCUUCAAGGAGAGAGCAUGCGAGGAGAAACGUCCAAGUUAUCCGGUUUCCGCAAAAGAGGCCCGUCGUGCGGCAGAAGAGGGAGUGGGUCUCUCCUCCCAUCGGCAUCCGGGAGCACGACCCACCUACUGUCAACCCCAUCGCCAUCAUUCGGUCGGACUAUGAAGAAGAGGAGGAAGUUGAGAUCACCUACUCCAUAACUGGGCCGGGAGCGGACAAACCGCCGAUGGGGCUGUUUGUGAUCGAUUCCCGCACCGGCGAUUUAAACAUCACCGGGUCAGUGGACCGGGAAUUAAAUCCCAGCUUCCUCCUGACAGGGUACGCCGUGGAUCAAUUGGGGAAAGAAAUGGAAAAUCCAAUUAGCCUCUUUGUUGAAGUGAUUGACAUCAAUGAUAACCCUCCAAUAUUCACCCAAGAAAUCUUUUUUGGGAGUAUUGAAGAGAUGAGUUUAACUGGUACCUCAGUCAUGCGGAUAAAUGCGACAGAUAAAGAUAUUGGUGAAAAUGCCAUCAUUCAUUACAGGAUCAUAGUGGACACAAUGAAGCAAAUGUUUUCUUCCUCAAUUACUGGAGAUAUCAGAGUAACAGAUCCGCAACUUGACAGGGAGACGCAAGAUUUCUACACCCUGACUGUUGAAGCUCGUGAUAGGGCUGGGAAUAUCGAAGGUUUACACUCAACUGCAACAGUACAGGUGAAGAUUAUGGAUGUCAAUGAUAACAUUCCCACUGUGGAACAACCUACGUAUGAGGUAACCGUGGAAGAAAACCGGAAAUAUUUUGAAGCCCUCCUAAUGAAGGUACAGGAUGCGGAUCUGGAGUUCACUGAUAACUGGUUGGGUCACUUUGAAAUCAUCGAGGGCAAUGAAAAUGACCACUUCAGGAUUGAGAUGAAUAAUCAAACCAAUGAAGGAAUUCUGAUUGUCCAGAAGGAGUUAAACUUUGAAGAAAUGGAACACAUGAAUUUGGUCUGUCGAGUAUCCAAUAAGGCACCGUAUCACCACACUGUGGAUGCGACCAUGAUGAAGCAGCCCUUUGAGAUAAAAGUCAUCAUACAAAAUAUGCCAGAAGGCUUUGUGUUUAAGCCCAGCAGACUGGAGACGACAAUGGCCGAAAGCAGCUCAUCCGGGAGGACGACCCAGGUCAUUGGUAUUUACCCAGCAGUUAGUGCAGACACUGGAGAACGGAGUGAAAGUACAAAGUAUGCGAAGGAUAGUGACAAGGCUAACUGGUUGACUAUUAACAAGGACACUGGAGAGGUUACAUUUGAUGGCGUGCUUGACCGCGAGUCUGAGUAUGUGAUUAACGGGACGUACACUGCAACAGUUCUGGCCAUCACGCAGGAACGAGACUCCUACGACACCAGCACUGGAACCAUUAUGAUAAAUGUAGAUGAUGUCAACGAUCACACUCCCAGCUUCGAGAACAUGCAACCAUGCAUUUGCAGUUCAGCAAAAUAUUUGAGCGUGGCUGCGUUUGAUCCGGAUGGGCCGCCAUUUGGAGCACCAUUCCAUUUCGACGUACCGACCAACAAAAUGUGGAAGCUAGGACGCACAGACGCAACCAGCAUGAAACUGGUCCCACAACAAGAUUUAUACCCUGGACUGUUCACCGUGCUAGUGUGGGUGGAGGACAACGAUGGGAAUGGCCACCUCGUCAACCUGGAUGUCAAGGUCUCGGAAUGCCUUGGUGUCACCCAUUGCUCGACGGAAAGAUUAAUCCAGUCGAAGACCGUACUGGGGAGUUCUGCCAUCUCCCUGAUAAUCUUUGCUCUGUUGCUGUUGCUACUGCUCCCUCUGCUGCUGCUGCUGUUUUGCCAGUGUGGUGGUGGCGGACUGGGCGGGACGAAAGAUCUUAUGCUCGCUGAGAAAGACGGCGGCUUCGGUACCCUGGGGCAAAGUGACUUCGAAGGAGGAGGACAAGUAGAUACGAUGAUACCGCUGAUAGCUCGUUCGGGUGAACACGAGGUGGCUGGCGCACAUGGGGAGUGGAGCGCUACGGGAUCUCAGGCGGGAGGAGCCGUUGGAGCCAGCGGAGGAGCUGUUGGAGCCAGCGUUGGAGCCAGCGGAGGGGCUGUUGGAGCCAGCGGAGGGGCUGUUGGAGCCAGCGGAGGAGCUGUUGGAGCCAGCGGCACUCGUAUCACAGAGAGCAUCCAUGAAAGGAUCGGCGUCUAUGACUUGACCAGGUGGCCCAUGGAACAAGAGGCGAGAUUGGGCCUGAGCCAUUCCAUGGCCAUCCGCGGCCAGGGGAGAUCGCGGUAUCGCGGUAAACACCAAACCGAUAUCCAUGGCAGGGAGACAGCAGCCUUAAGCAUGACAGGCGGUGCACUCGAGGCUUACGUGAACCAAUGCAUCAAUCAGAAGCUACUCGCUGUUGAGCAAGAAUGGGCCUGUCAGGCCUCCUGCGAUUCUCUGCGGGUUUUUCACAAUGAAGGCUCCGACAGCAACGAUGGUUCACUGGAAUGCUGCAGCCUUGUGGAGGAAGCUCCUUUCGAUGAUUCCUUCCUGGACAACUUGGACCUGAAGUUCAAGGCUCUGGCUGGAAUCUGCAGCGGCCGAUUGUCUGAGGAGGUGGUCACCUCUGGCCACUGGCAACUGGAGACCUCCCUGCGACCCCUGCCCCAACAGGAGGCGGCUGUGGGAGAGGUGGCUGUAGGGGAGGAGGUGGCGUGGUCUAGCGUAACGAGGGAACGGGUCCAGCCUGCCGCCAACCCAUUGCCCAUGAAGAAACACUACGUUGUGACCACCACGAUUGAGCCCAGCAAGGAAGACCUCCUGGUUGUCCACGACUUGAGCCACGUUGCAUCUCAGCACGAGGGAUUCCAGAGGGUGUCCGCCAGUUCUGACCCCACUGUGGCUCAGCAACGGGCUGUUGACUACAGCGCGGGGCAGUUUCAAGGGGGCGUUCACUCCUCGACUGUCCCCAUCCUGCAGAAGAACGUGGUGGUGCCGAGGUCCAUUAGCAUUGGCUCUGGAGGCGCCCAGGGAAUGGCCGCUGUCCCGUUGGCUGGUCAUUUGGUCUCGCACAACACCAGGGUGGUGACAAGUUCAGCUACAGUGGGGUCGGGUGGGAUGCUGGACAUGUUGGUCGAGCCGGUUCUGGGAUCCCAGGAGAGCACAUCCAUCACUAGGUCAGGCUGGAGAGAGGAGCUGGAUCCCAGCCUCGUCAAUAAACAGGCCAUCGAGAAAAACGUGACCACUGGUAAAUCGAACAGCGGGAUGUAUAAAUCAGUGAAAAAGACAACCAAGUUGGUGCAGUUAGUCCAGGAGUAACACUUCCCCUCAAUCUGCUCAUCAGUUUGGAUUGGAAUAUCAUCAGAGGAAGUAAUUUUGCCAGCAACAUCCACAGGCUAUAAACAGAUAAAGAUCAAAUCAUUCAUCACAUUGUGAUUCCAGAACACAACUGAUUCUUCUCCCCCGUCACCAUGGAUAACAUAUAAUAAUAACAGCAUGGAAACAGGCCAUCUCGGCCCUACAAGUCCGUACCGAACAAAUUUUUUUCCCCUUAGUUCUUAGAGUAAUGGAGUACAGUGUGGAACCAGGCCCUUUGGCCCAACUGAUCCAUGCCAACCAAGAUGCCCCAUCUACACUAAUCCCACCUGCCUGCAUUUGGUCAAUAUCCCUCUAAAUCUUCCCCAGCCAUGUACCUGUCAAAUGUUCAUAAUUUCUAGGAGCAGAAUUAGGCCAUUCGGCCCAUCAAGUCUAUUCCAUCGUUCAAUCGUGGCUGAUCUAUCUUUCCCUCUCAACCCCAUUCUCCUGCCUUUGCCCCAUAAUCACUGGCACCCUUACUAAUCAAGUGUAUUAUAGUACCUGCCUCAACUACCUCCUCAGGCAACUCGUUCCAUAUAUCAACACCCUCUGUAAGGAAAAAGUGGCUCCUCGGUUUCACGUUAAAUCUUGCUCCUCUCACCUUGUUUAUGGUUCCUCCUACCCUGAGUAAAAGAAUCUGCAUUCAACCUAUCUAUUCCCCUCGUGAUUUUAUACACCUCUAUAAGAUCACCCCUCAUCCUCGGGAACACAGUAGAAUAAAGUCCUAGCUUGCCCAACCUCUCCCUAUAGCUCAGCACCUCAAGUCCUGGCAACAUCCUUUUGAAUCUUCCCUACACUCUUUCCAGCUUAAAAAAAACCCUUCCUAUAGUAGGAAACCGAAACCAAAACUAAACACAAUACUCCAAAUGCAGCCUCACCAAUGUCUUGUACAUCUGUAACAUAAUGACCCAACUCCUAUACUCAAUCUUAGUAUACUGGAGUAACUAAGUGAGCCAGGAAGCAUCUCUGGAGGAAAAGGAUGGGUGAUGUUUUGGGCCGGGGCUCCUCUUCAGACUAAAAGUGAAGGGGAGGGAACUGGAGGUAGCGAAAGCCUUCUUCACCAUCCUAGAUUUAAGUUAAUCAAGCGCAGAAUUAGGGAAGGAUUUUGGCCUGCUCUAUAGGGUUGUAGGUUUGAUGCUGGCUCGUGGUGUAUGUGUGGAGUCACAUUGUCUCACUGACUGUGUUUCCUCUGGCUGCUCCUGAUGUUAACAAGACAUCACUGCCAUUAAUCAACCAAUUCCAGUGUCCUGGCAAAUUAAUCAGUGACUGUAAAGAUGUAGUUAAAGGCAGGAGGGGCUGGCACUGAUGGGAGUUGCUCUGAGAGCCAAUAUUGACUUGAUGGGCUGAAGAACUACCUCCCUCGUCUUUAGACUUUAGAGAUACAGCGUGGAAUCUUUGGCCCACAGAGUCCGCGCCAACUAGCACUAUCCUACACGCACUAGGGACGAUUUACAAUUUUACCGACGCUAAUUAACCCAGCAAACCUGUACGUCUUUGGAGUUUGGGAGGAAGCCGGAGCACCCGGAGAAAAACCGUGCAGUCACGGGGAGAAGGUACAAACUCUGUACAGACAGCGCCCAUAGUCAGGAUUGAACCCGGGUCUCUGGCGCUGUAAGGCAGCAACUCUACCACUGCGCCACAGUGCCGCCAACUUGAGAAAGUAUUUGGAGUAUUGUGGAGCAGAAUGGUGCCUAGAAUAGAUGGCAUAAGCUGGAAGGAGAGGUUGGACACAUUUUAUUUUCCCAGGAACGUCAGAGGCUUUGGGGAGACCAUAUAGAAGUAUAUAAAAUUAUGAGAGGGAUGGAUAAGAUAGACAGACAGAACCAUUUUUCCCAGAUGAAAAGACUAGAAGAAAUAGCUUUAAGGUGAGAGGAAUAAAGUUUAAAGGAGAUGUGUGUGGCAAAUUAUUUUGCACACAGAGGGCAAUUGGUGCCUGGAAUAUGCUGCCAGGGGUGGCGGUGGAGGCAGAUACGACAGUGACAUCUAAGAGGCUUUUAGAUAGACACAUGGAUAUGGAGGGAUGUGGAUCAAGUGCAGGCAGAGUAGAUUUGCUUAGCUUGGCCUCUAGUUUGACAUGGACACUGUCGGGACAUGGACACUGACAUGGGCCUGUUCCUGGGUUGCACUGUUCUGUGUUAUAACCAUAUAACCAUAUAACAAUUACAGCACGGAAACAGGCCAUCUCGACCCUUCUAGUCCAUGCCGAACACAUAAUCUCCCCUAGUCCCAUAUACCUGCGCUCAGACCAUAACCCAUCAUUCCCUUCCCGUCCAUGUAACUAUCCAAUUUAUUUUUAAAUGAUAAAAACGAACCUGCCUUCACCACCUUCACUGGAAGCGAAGGUGGUGGAGGCAGACCACUCCACACCACUCUCUGAGUAAAGAAGUUCCCCCUCAUGUUACCCCUAAACUUCAGUCCCUUAAUUCUCAAGUCAUGUCCCCUUGUUUGAAUCUUCCCUACUCUCAGUGGGAAAAGCUUUUCCACGUCAACUCUGUCUAUCCCUCUCAUCAUUUUAAAAACCUCUAUCAAGUCCCCCUUUAACCUUCUGCGCUCCAAAGAAUAAAGCGUUGUUCUCACUCAUCGAGUAGUAGAGUUGUGGAACUCUUGGUGUGGAUGAGUGGUGGAGAUGCAACGUAUAUGGACAACUCUGGAAGUCCCCUGACCUCCAGGACAACGGAACAAGUGGCCACCAAUGGCAUAUGUGGACCUUUUGUGUUUUCAAUCUUUAAGAUGAACAAUUUUAGUGAGGAGUGAUACUUUAAUACAAACUACGACUAUUUCUCCGGAGAAAAAUAUGCUAUUUUAUCUACUAACUUCUAUCUCGAGAACAUUCGUAUACUUGAAUUAAUCACGGCACGGUGGCUCAGCGGGAGAGUAGGUUCAAUCCUGACUGCGGGUGCUGUCUGUAUGGAGUUUCUACUCCCUCUCCAUGAUCUGAAUGGAUUUCCUCCGGUUCCUCCCGCAUCCAAAGACGUACAAAUUUGUGAGCUAAUUGGCUUUGGUAAAAUUGUAAAUUGUCCUCGGCGUGUGUAGGAUAGUGUUAGUGUACAGGGAUCACUGGUCGGCACUGACAUUUUGGGCUGAAGGGCCUGUUUCUACUCUGUAUCUCUACACUGCAGUAUUUGUGGCAGGCUGUUGGGAAAGUACAAAGGGGUGGGAGACACAUGCAACUGCAGGUGCUGGACUUGUGAGCAAGACACAAAGUGCUGGAGUAACUCAGCAGGUCAGGCAGCAUCUUUGGAGAAAAAGGAUGGGUGGUGUUUCGGGACAGGACCCUUCUUCAGACGGAAAGAAGGGGGGAGGGAAGUAGAGGUAGGAAAAGGCCAGAACAAAUCAGGGCUGGAAUCGAUGAACAAGGAAGGGUAGAGCCCACAAUGGCCCAUUGUUGGCUGGGGAAGAGGUGAUAACAAUGGGAAACAGGGAUGUGAACAGUGGAACUAGCAGGACAACUAGGGUGGGGGAGGGAGGAAGGAGGGAAUGCGGGGCUUACAUGCAAUUAGAGAAAUCAAAAUUCAUAUCGCUGAAGAUAAAAAAAAUGCAUGAAUAACUCAGCGGGACAGGCCGUAUCUCUGGAGGGAAGGAAUGGGUGAUGUUUCAGGUUGAGACACUUCUUCAGACUGAGAGGCAGGGGAGAGGGAGGCUAGAGAUAUGGAAGGGUACGGUGAGAAAAGAAUAGAUCAAAGCAGAUGAUGUUCAAGGAAAUGUUGAAUGGUUCAUUAUUGGAUGAGGGGAAGGUGACAACGAGGCAUACAAACAGUAAAAUUAAUCAGGACAGUGAAGCUACACGGAGAACUAAGGUGGGAGAGGAAGAUAGAGGAAGGGAAAGCAACGGUUACUUGAAGUUAGGGAAAUCAAAAUUCAUACUGCUAGAUAUCUUCCACCGGAUGGUGCCAGCAAUGGCUGCCUCGCCAACAGUCUGUCUCGUCCAUUCCUUCUUUGUUGUUUUAUAGUAUGUGUUAAAUGUAGUUUCUUUAGUGUUCUUUAGCUUGUUUUAUGUGGGGGGAGAGGGUUGGGGGAAACUUUUUUUAAAUCCCUUACCUAGACGGAGAUGCGAUUUUUUUCCAUAUCUUAUCUCCGCCUGCACUGCGGCCUAACAUUGUGGAGUUGGCGGACUCUGCUGGAGACCGACUGCGGGAGCUCCAACCGCAGGAGCCUGCGGACUUUAACAUCGUGGAGCUCGUGGUCCCUGGUUGGAGACCGACUUCAGGAGCAGCAAGCCGCAGGAGACCGCCCCGACGCGGGAGAAUGAAGUGGACGAAGGUUGGACUUUAUUGCCUUCCAUCAAAGUGAGGAAUGUGGGGAAUCCACUGUGGUGGAUGAUUAUGUUAACUUUUAUGUAGUUGUGUGUUUUGUUGCUUUUUUUUAGUUUGGUUGUAUGGUAAUUUGAGUUUCACUGUACCUUAAUUGGUACAAGUGACAAUAAACUGACCUUUGGGUUGUAAGCUGCCCAAGCAGAAUUUGAGGUGCUGUUCCUCCAAUUUGCAUUGGGCCUCACUCUGACAAUGGUGGAUUUCUGCACUUUAAUUGGGGAUUUCUGCUAAAGGGCAACGUGGUAACUAAACCAGGUGGGUGCAUCUGAAAUAACUUAGCAAAACCUGCAAACCUGUACUAUCGGGCACAGUUGGGGUCUGUUAACCUAUCUUGGAGUGGAACACACAAUAUAAAACCAGGAAAUGCUGGAAACAUUUGACAUGUCAGUCAGCAUCUGCGGGGAGUGAAACAAAGUGAAUGGUUCCACUUUCCACAGGUGCUGCCUGACCUGUGAGGUGUUUCCAGCAUUUUCUGUUUUUACUAACUGCUAUGUAGCCAGGUUUACAGAUCGAUCAAUUAAUGGGCGGCAUGGUGGCGCAGUGGUAGAGUUGCUGCCUUACAGCGCCAGAGACCCAGGUUUUCUCCCACAUUCCAAAGAUGUACCGUACAGGCUUGUAGGUUAAUUGGCGUCGGGGGGGGUAAUGUGAAUUGUCCUUAGUUUGUAGGAUAGUGUUAGUGUGUGGGGAUCAGUGCUCAGGAUAGUCUCAGUGGGCAGAAAGGACUGUUUCCGUACUGUAUCACAGGUGAUUAAACAGAUGAUGGAUGGUCGGCGUGGACUCAGUGGGCCGAAGGUCUUGUUUCCAUGCUGUAUCUCGAAGCUCUAAACGUUGAAAUGUCAUAUGUCCCAAUGAUGGAAUAAUUUCUUACUUGUAACAGCAUAACGGGCUAUACACACAGGUAAUAUAUAAUAAAUAAAAAAAUCUAUAAGUUGUAGAAAUCAUCUGAUAGGUCUUUCCACAGAUUGCUUGCUUGCUUACGAUUAGGGCUAUUUCAAGCAUUGUAACAUUUAAAUGAUAAUUUCAAAAUGAAGAAGUUUCAAACUUUCAUGUUAUUGCAACUUUUUGAAACUGCGUGGCUCUUUUUGGUGCAUUUACAUCUUAUUUUUCUACAAAUCAACAGUGAAUUUCCAUUACAGCGUAUUUUUAUAUCAUGGCACUUCUGAGCAACAUUAGAACUUUCUUUGUUUAUAGAAAUGUGUUAAUUUCUUUUAAUUGUAUAGAGGGAACGGAUUACAUUAAUUUGUCAUUUAAAAAAAAAAAUAAUAAUAAUUAAAAACUGUAGAUAAAAGCUUGUACUCCAUAAGGGUUGAUGUAGAAAUUUUUGGUUGUUCAGGUCCUUUUACGAAAAACUGUAUUUGACAUUUUUAAUAAAGAUUUUGUUAAAUAAAA